AUGUUUAAAUCUAUCUAUUUAACAGACAUUCUUUGUCUAUCUAUCUAUCUAUCUAUCUAUCUAUCUAUAACAGACAUUCAUUUAUCUCUGUCCCUCUCUUCUGCCAGUAUGAAGAAUAAUGUAUCCUCAGUCAUUUGUACAUGUUUAUCUAUCUAUCUAUCUAUCUAUCUAUCUAUCUAUCUAUCUAUCUAUAACAGACAUUCAUUUGUCUCUCUUCCUCUCCCCCUCUCGGCCUCCUGUCCGUAUAUAUUUAUCAUCUGUCUAUGUAUUUCUAUCUAUCUAUCUAUCUAUCUAUCUAUAUCUAUCUAUAUAUCUCAGUCUGUCCAUAUCUAUCUAUCUAUCUAUCUAUUUAUUCUAUCUAUCAUUCAUCUCUCUCUCUCUCUCUCUCUCUAUUUAUCUAUCUCAGUCUGUUCCUAUCUAUCUAUCUAUCUAUCUAUCUAUAUAUUGAUUAUCAGAUUCAUGUUUCCUAUCUAUCUAUCUAUCUAUCUAUCUAUCUAUCUAUCUAUCUAUCUCUAUCUAUCUUCAUUGUCUGUUUCAAUCUCUCUCUCUCUCUCUCUCUAUCAGUAUCUAUUUAUCUAUCUAUCUAUCUCUGUCUGUUCAUAUCUAUCUAUCUAUUGCUGUCUGUUCAUGGCUAUCUAUCUAUCUAUCUAUCUAUCUAUCUAUCUAUCUAUCUCAGUCUGUUCCUAUCUAUCUAUCUAUUUCAGUCUGUUUCUUCAAUUCUCUUCUUGA